AUGGCUGCGAACGAACGGAUGCUUAUGUUCCGUUGGUCGCGGCACGGCGUGCCGCUCGUCGCGUUGCUCCUCGUCGUCGUCGCGACGCUCACGCCGCUCGCAGUCAGUCGGCCCACUCCUCUAACGGAUACUCGUCUCGAAGAAGCUUCUCUGAACUUGCGAUCGUCACAGGACAUUCUCGGCAAUCCCGAUGUCGAUACACGUUCUAGGUCACCCCCAGUGGGAACAGAAUCGUUGGGCGGCGGAUCAGAUCUCCGCGCCUCCUCGUCGCAUCCAAUCAGAUCUCUCGCGACUGUCGAACUAGAGGUGUCUCAGCAACGACCAAUCAGAUCUCUCGCGCGGAGCCCCAUUGACGCGGAAGAGGUGGAAGACGAGGCGGAGAUCCCCGCGGAGAUCCCGUCCGGUAGGGUCGGGGAAGGCCCCACCGACGCGGGAUUGCCGGAAGAAGAGGGCGCGGCGGACAUUGCGGAAGCGGAGAUUGAUCCGCCGAGGAAAACCGUCAAUAAGAAGAAAAGCGGUGUGGGUGGUCCAGGCAGGGGGGGAGAAGACGACUUGGGGGAGGAAGCGGAGGAGGAAGCUGCGGCGGAGGCGGAGGUUGGGGGGAAGAAGCGGAAGGGGGAUGUGACUGGGGAAGGGGCGACGAAAGGCGGGGCUACUGGAAAGGGGGCGGGAGUGGUGGGGGAAGAGGCGGAGGAGGGGGAGGAAGAGGCGCAAGCAGAGGGAGCGGGAGGAAAGACCCCUUCAGGGAAAGGAGCAGCAGCGGCAGCAGAAGCAGCAGGUGCGGGGAAAGUGGGUGUUGGGAAAUCUGGGGCAGGAGGGGAAGGGGGAGCAGGAGGCGGGUUGCCAGGCAGUGGGGGGGGGAGCACGCGCAAGACAGCAGCAGACAGAGACGCGGAGGCGAGGGGGGAGGCGGAAGGGGAGGGGGAAGGGGAGGGGGAAGGGGAGGGGCUGGCGCAGGGGCUGGGGAAGGGGAAAGGCAACGGGGGAGGGGGUUUAGACGCGGAGGGGGAGACGAAGGCGGUAGGGGAGCCUAUAGAGCAAGCAUCAUUGGGGGAUGAAGGGGGUGGACUUGGGGAAGGGGUUGGGGGGAUCCCUGGAAAGGGCGCGGGGGCGAGAGGUGGGGGGAUUGCGGGGGAGAGAGGCGGGGAUGGUGCUGGGGGCAUUGGUAGGGAGGGUGCUGGGGGGUUGGGCGUGGAAGGGGAUGAGGAGGGAGGUGGGGAGGGGGGCGCGGAAGGGGGAGCGGAAGGGGGGGCGGAAGAGGAGGAGGGAGCAGCGACGGUGGAUGAGCAGCCAUGGGCGGAGGGGCACCCAAAGGGAAGGGCGGGCGAGGGGGAGGCGGAGGGGGCGGGGGGGAAGGUAGGGGGAGAGGGUGCGUUUGGCGCAGAUAGGGGUGGUGGUGCUGGUGGUGCUGGUGCUGCUGGUGGUGCUGGUGGUUCUGGCGCUGACACUGGUGGUGGGAAGAGCGAUAGCAGCAGCAAGGGCGCUUUUUCUGGGGAAACCGACCAAGCCCCCUCGUCUGGUAACCAGGACCAGGCAUGGGGAAGGGCCUUUGUAUCAGAGCGUUGCUGGGGCGGAGGGGGAUACAGGGAGUGGGUUUGGACGCAAGGGGGCCGGUGUGGUUGGGAGUAG